AGACAGAAGUGGAGCGCGCAGCGGGAGGCGCAGGUCAGACAAACACUCAGCUCAUCCUGAGCUAUCCAGACCGCAGGGAUGUUUACCAUGAUGCCAUCAGAAGGAAAGGGGGAAUAAACGCAUAAGUUGGAAUAUCUUUUUUCAUUAUUAGUUUUCUUUUUCUUUUUUAUGUGUCCCGGGUUAAUUUUUUAAAAUUUUUAUUUUUAAUGUCGAGGACUAGAGAGCAUUCCAAACAAAUAUACUUUUCUCUUACUUAAUCGAUCCUUCCCUUCACUUUACCUACUGUUAUUAAUCAAAAUCAUGCCGCGAAAAGGACUGAUGGACAUGUGGUGGAAAGUAGGGCUCGUGCUGGUGAUGUGCUGGGGUCUCACGAGCAGCGAAGCCCGGGAAGAGCACUAUAACUCGUCUUCGCGCACCUCGAUGUUCAGAGCGCCAUUGGAUUUUGGCUUCGUGCCGUCGGUGGUGUACGAAACGCACGCGUAUUAUGAACCGGGUCCCAUCGGUGUUCUUUUCCACAUGGUCCACGCAUUUCUGUACGUGGUUCAACCCAACCCUUUCCCCAAAGAUCUCAUUGUUAAGAUGGUCCAGCAGAACAUGGGAGGAAUCAAAGGGGAUGAUUACAAGAAGCCAGAGAAUGUUGUAUUACUAUUACAGGCUAUCUACUAUGAGCUCGGCUUCAUAGUCCUGACAGUACUGGGAGUGUUGUUUGUGCUGUUCAUGCCGAUAGUGGGUCUAUGUUUCUGCGUGUGUCGAUGCUGUGAGAACUGUGGGGGUGAGAUGCAUCAGAGACAGAAGAAGAACGGCGACUGCUUACGAGGCUUUUACAUGGCCACACUCAUCGCUACCUCUGUCUUCCUUGCAGCGGGAGUGACAGUCGCCUAUGCAGCAAACCAGAACAUCACAUCUCAGAUCAAGAGCACCAGACGUCUCGUCAACACCAACAUAAGAGACCUGAAAUCUUUUGCCAACUACACACCAGCGCAAAUAGACUACCUGGCUGCACAGUACACAACAGCCAAGAACAAAGUAUUAUCAGACUUAGACAAUAUUGGGACUCUGCUGGGCGGACAGAUUCAUAAUCAACUGGAGCGAGAAGUGGUACCUGCUUUAGACAACGCUCUUCGCAUGACAGCAGCCAUGCGGGAGGCCAAAGAGUCAUUAGAGAGUGUGACCACAUCACUGGAGACACUACAGGAAGGGACGGGCAGACUCCAGAACUCUCUUCAGUCUGAACGUGCAUCUCUCUCAAACACACUCAACGACCCGGCCUGCUCUAACGGAGACGUAACACACACCUGCGUCACCAUCCGUGGAACACUCAGCCAGCUCGCUCUCAGCGCAAACUUUAAUGGGUUGCCUGAGGUUGAGGCGCCUUUGGCCAAUCUGGACGCUGUGCUUGAAACAGACCUCAGCAAUAUUGUACAGAAGGGCUACUCUUCCUUUAACGACACACCAAGGUUGGUCAGGGAACAGACAAAAGAUAUUGUGUCAGAAGUGAAAGGGCUGCUGGAUAGGUCAUGUGGGGAGAUAAUUGGUUUCACAAAGAUGUUCCCGGUAGAACCAGCACUUGAGAACUUUACUAAGUUCCUGACGGAGAGCCAGAAGAACAUUGAAGCGUACUACCCCCAGAUCGACCAGCUGGACUUCUACAGAUGGAUAGGGUGUGUAGUGAUCUGCUGUAUGGUCGUGUUGAUUCUGACCUUUAAUUUCCUGGGUUUGCUGUGUGGAUCAUGUGGCUAUGAUAAAAAUGCAACGCCCACCACACGUGGCUGUCUGUCCAACACCGGAGGAAACCUACUGAUGGCUUCUGUUGGCUUCAGCUUCAUCUUCUCUUGGGUGCUCAUGGGAGUUGUAGUCACCACAUUUGUUGUUGGAGGAAACAUAGAGAAGCUUGUGUGUGAACCGCUGGCUAACAGACAGAUUUUUAAGAUUAUUGACACACCAUACAUGGUCCAUCCUGCCAAAAAGAACUUCCUUCCUGGCAUGCUGUUUCAAGAUCCAAACAUCGACCUUACUAUGGGCAGUAUGUACAGAGAUUGUUAUGAGAAUAAUGGUUUAUAUUCAGCACUACAACUGGAGACCAAGUUCAACUUCAACAAGUUUCUCAAUGCCACAGUGUAUAACUUGGAACUGGCCAAGAUAUUUAAUAGUGUGAAUGUGGAUCUCCAGGGAAUGCUUCUUCUGGAACAGGAGGGCAAAGAUAACCUCAUCGACUUUGCCAACACAGGCAUUGGAGAAAUCGACUAUCAGGUGUAUCUAACUGAGGUGAAUAAAGGAGUUACAGUUGUGGAUCUUUUGUCCUACGCAAAUGAACUUGAAGCUCAAGCAGACCAACUGCCACGUGGGGCUCUUGAAAAUGCGCUCAAGGGUCAUGCCAGCAGUAUCAGACAGAUCCACAAAGAUCAAGUGGUGCCAAUGGAACAGGCUAUGGGCACUCUAAGUCAAAGCAUCAAACUGCUUCAGAAAACAUCCAGAGAACUACCUAUUAAAGUGACAAAUGUCCUGAAUGCCAUCGAGGCAGCAGAGUAUCUCAUCUCCAACAAUGUCUCACAUGUGGUCAAACAGGAGACUGAAAAAUUCAUCAAGAACAUUAUGGGAUACUUUUCACAAUAUACGGAGUGGGUCAAGCACUCACUGGCAACGGAGGUUGCCCAGUGCAAGCCCAUCAGCAACAUUGUGGACUCGCUAGAGAUCGUAGCCUGCAGCUUCAUUGUUGACUCAGUGAACACAUUCUGGUUUGGUCUGGGAGGAUGUUGUGUGCUCCUCAUUCCCAGCAUUAUCAUGUCGGUAAAACUUGCCAAAUUCUACCGCAGGAUGGACACUGAGGACGUCUAUGAUGAUAGUAUGGAUGUUGUUGUCAGUGGUUAUCAUAGUGAGCCUUUAUAUGGCAUAAACAACCCCGUGAUGUGCAGUUAUCCAUCUUAUGACACAAUGAGGUGGUAUCCUCGGGCCUCAGCCCCCCCGAGACAGCCUGACUGGUGACACAAAUUCACACACACUUUACACACUUUCACACGGGGUAUACAACCGCACAUGCAGCCUACAGUGGUGCUGAGAACUGGAGCUAAAUAGAGCUUAGCAAGGGAUUGUCAAGUCAGAUUCUGAGGACGACAAAUGAAGACAGGAAAAAAGGGAAAUAGUUUUUUCCAGUUUCUAACAGUAAAACAUACUCAGACCUUAACCGAAGAAUUUCAAGCAUAUUCUACAUACAAUUCAUCAUACAUGGUAAACAACGAUGUGUUCUUUUUAUACACUUUCAACAAGUUUUUGAAAGUUUUGUAUGUAUUUUGUUAAUAUCUUAUUUUAUAAAAUGUCCUUUAGACAUAAUUGUGGGUACAUCUAGAUUUUGUACUGGUCUACUGUACAGACGAUAUAAAGGGACAAGAAAGGUCUGCGAUAUCUGUCUGCGCACUGUGAUAUUGUAUUGAUUCUUGAUUAUGAAUCCAUGAAAUGGUGUUUCUGAACCAAACAUCCCAAGUCUGAUGGUCAAAGAAGAUUCGGAAGCAUUUACACUAGAAAAUUAAGUACUACAUUUAUCAAGUUACCUUUUCCAUUCUUUUGUGAAAUGUUACUUUUUUCUACGUUUUAUUGUUCAAUGAAUAAAUCAAGUAUUAGUUUCAGAAACGUUUCUUCUUAGUAAAAGAAAAACUAUUUGCUAACGUUAUGUUAAAUGCACUGAAAAAGGCUCAAUGUCUUUAAAGACAAAUUAUCUGAAGCCAAUGUCCUAAAAGACUGAUUGAUCCUGUAUGUUUGAAAUGUCAGUACUUUUGAUACAAGAUAAUUACACAGCUAAAAACAAAGGUAACACUUUAUUUUAGUGUCCUUGUUACACAUUACAUGUACUCACUGUAGUAACAACAGUAAAUUAUGCAUUUACUCAUUUGGCAGAAUGCAUAAUGACAUGCAGCUAACCCUAAACCCAAUCGUUAACCCUAUAGUAAGUACAUGUUAUUUAAUAUUACUCAAUACUUAAAUGUAUAAUUACACUGUAACAAGGACACCUUAAAAUAAAGUGUAACCAAAACAAAUUACUAUUAUAGAUCAGUUAAUCUUGAGCAAAGAUUUUUGUUUCUGUUGUAUUUCUGUUUUAUUCUUUUGAGUGUCUUACACAUUUUUUUGUCCACAUCAAAAUAAUGAAAAUAGUUUAAUAUGUCCAGUGUGUGUAAUUUCUUAAAAUGCAUGUCUCAGUAAAGCAUUCAGUGUUCAUACAAUUCUACAUAGUUCUAUGUUGUACAAACCAAAUGUUUUUCUUAUAUUCUAACAGGGUUUGUGAAUGAAAUUCAAACUGCUAAGUUCCAUAUCUGUUACAUCUUUAAUUGAUACCCAAAAACCCAAACAUCUCUCUCAUGGCCUUUGUGUGACAUGACAGGGCAACAUGGGAUCCCACUGUAAAAUGGAGGCUGUGUGAAAUUUAUAAAAAAAAAACAAAAAAACAAUCAGCUUAGAAUGGUUUGUGGUGUCCUUUAUAAAAGGCACAAAUAUAACAACUGGUCUUGGAAUUUAUUGUGCUUUUGCAUCCAUUUUAAGAAAGGAUUAAAGUAUGUUUAAAAGCUCCAGACACCAUUCAUUGUAACCACAUGGAAAAUAGUGGCAAAGACAUUGUUCAAAGUUUCUUCUUUUUGUGUUCCACGAAAUAUUAUUACAACAAAUGCAAUAAAGUUGAGUCAGUAAAAAUCAAAGUGA